UCCAUCCUUUUGUAGGAAAAGAAAAAUGGCAGCUUACCACGUUCGAUCCAACAGCUUCCCCUCUAGGCAACAUCCUCUUAUUUCUGAAUUUGAGGACAGAUUGAGGUCUUCCGUCGAAGCCUCUUCACCAUCAACAUCAAUAACCUCGCAAUUAAGCGGUCUUCAAGAUCUCCAUGAUUGUGUUGACAAGUUGCUUUUGCUACCUCUUAAUCAGCAAGCAUUGUCCAGAGAGCAUAACGAGAAAAGUCUCAAUGAGAUUUUGGAUGGAUCUCUUAGACUCCUUGAUGUUUGCAACAUAGCUAAGGAUGCCUUGUUGCUAACAAAAGAAUCAACACAAGAACUUCAAUCAAUUAUCCGUAGAAGACGCAGUGGAGAAACGGAGUUAACAAGUGAGAUUAAGAAAUUCUUAGUCUCUCGAAAAGUGAUGAAGAAAGCACUCCGCAAGGGCUUGGAAAACAAAAGAAGCAUCACCUCCCUUAAGAAGGAACAAGUGAGCAGUGAAAUUGUAAGCAUGUUGAGAGAGGUAGAAUCAAUCGCUGUUGCUGUUUUUGAAUCAUUGAUUUCCUUCAUCUCUGGGCCAAAGUCAAGCAGCUGGUCAUUAGUUACCAAGAUUAUGAACACCAAAAGAGUGGUUGUGGAGGUUGUUAACGAAUCGAAUGAAUUCACAAGUGCUGAUGCAGUAUUGAACUUGCUCAUCACUCGGAAGGUGAAGAAAUCAGACAACAGCCUAGAAGAGAAUGUGCAAAACCAACUUCAAAACUUGGAGUUGUGCAUUCAAGACCUUGAAGAAGGAGUUGAUAGCUUUUACAGGCGUUUGAUCAAAACAAGAGUUUCUCUGCUUAACAUCCUCAAUCACUAA